GAACCAUUUAUAACCUUGACAGGGCCUUUCAAUACCCUAUCACAGUUCAUGAAACAUUUAUUAAAUUUAUUGAAUUUCAGAUAACCAUGGCAGGUUUGGUGAAGAUGUACAAUGACCUCAUGGAAAAGGCUGAUCCGAGAGUGGAUGGAUGGUUUAUGAUGUCAACUCCCUGGCCGAGCCUCGUCAUCUGUGUCGCCUACUUUGUGUUCGUUAAGAUGGGACCCACCAUUAUGGCCAACAGGGAACCGUUUGAGAUGAAGAAGAUUCUGAUUGUCUACAACUUCUGCAUGGUUCUCUUAUCAACCUACUGCUUUGUGGAGUUUCUGCUUGCUGGUUGGCUCAAUGGGUACAGUCUGAGAUGUCAGCCUGUAGAUUACUCAGAGAAAGGAUUAAGGAUGCUGAAAGUCUGUUGGAUGUUUUAUUUUUCUAAAUUUAUUGAACUUUUUGACACAGUUUUCUUUGUGAUGAGGAAGAAGUUUAACCAGGCCUCAUUUUUACACGUUUUUCACCAUGGAAUUAUGCCCUUCUCCUGGUGGUUUGGAGUGAAAUUUGUAGGAGGUGGGUUUGGAACCUUUCACUCAAUGCUGAAUUCCUUUAUACACCUGGUAAUGUACACUUAUUAUGGUAUGGCAGCCUUAGGUCCUCAGUACCAGAAAUAUCUUUGGUGGAAAAAAUACAUGACAUCUAUGCAGAUAACCCAGUUUAUCCUGGUAACGAUCCACUCUCUACAGCUGUUGUUUAUUGACUGUGACUACCCCACAUUGUUUGUUUACUGGAUUCUAGCGUACGCUGUUAUAUUCCUCAUCAUGUUUGCAGACUUCUACAGAAACGCGUAUAAAAAACCAAAGACCAACGGAGCUGUAACCAAUGGAGUCAAAGCCAAAUCUAAUUAACAAAUGCUUUAAUUAGAAAUAUAACAAUUAUAACUCUUACCAUAUCCAUUUGUUUAUUUAUAAUAUUUUUUUGUUAGCUAUGACUUGUAAGUUAAUUUGACAUUUCUCCUAUUUUAGACACCACCUCAUGCAUAAAUUGCUAACUAUGUUCAAUGUUCCAGCAGUAUGUACCCCAUAAUCUGCAUGAAUGUUAAAAAUGAUAAUUAGAAAUAGAAACAGUUUUAAGUUCAUUCUUUGUUAAAGGUUUUUUUUUUUUAUAAUCUUUGAUUCGACAAAUCAGCUUUUAUAAUAUGUCUUUAACGUGUAGACACAUUUAUUAUAUGAUGUUGAUUUUAAGGUUUUAGAAAUCCCCUUCUGUAGGCACAACUUUACCAAAUUAAUUCAAAUUUAUUCUAAUUAUGCCUUACAAAUAUAAUUUUGUGCUUGAUAUAUGUGAAAAAGCAGGGAUCAUUUAUCAGAAAGAUAUCUGUGGUUACAAAACUAUGAUUGAUUAUGAUACAAGUGGUUGACACGUAGCACAAUAGAUCAACCAUGAACUCUUCAGCUGUGACCAAUUUAUGUCAGUACUCUCCUUAUUUAUGUCAUUAUUAAUUACAGAAUGGACCAAUCAGAAAUAUCAGAUUUAUGUAAGUUGUUGAUCCGCUGUGAGAGAUUUUACUGGGAUUAUCUAAAAACCAAUCAGAAUUGUUUGAUAUGCUAUUGUUGAUUGGUAGUUAGAGUAUUAUUACGAAAUAUGACCAAUCAGAAUUGUUAAAUUUCCUCUUUUUGAUUGGAAGUGAGAUGUGUUAUUUGGAAUAUGUAACCAAUCAGAAAUGUUAUUUAUCAUUUUGUUUAUUGGCCAUAUAAGUUUUACUGGGUAAUCUAAGAACCAAUCAGAGCUGUUAGAUUCCUUGAUUUUUUGGUUCUUAGUGGACUCUUACUUCUAUGAUUAUUUGUUAUUGAGUGUUCAAGAUUGUAAUCAGGGUAUCAUAGAAGUUUUACCCUGUCUUUGUUUUCAUACCUCUAGAAUUUUCAGGGAUUCGUUACUAAUGUUUCUUCUGAUGUCUUCUUCUGAUUCUUAAUUAAAACUAGCCUAUAAUCAGCUAUAAAUGAUUUUCUUCAUCUUGGAAUCAGGAUAAUUCCUAUUUGUUUGUACAUGUAAAUGUUUCUUUAUGUAUAGUCUUGAUACUUAAACAGUUGACGGGUUGUAGGUCUGUGUUCAUUGUAUGUCCCGGUCCUUAAUGUAUGGAAACCAUUGUAACAAUUCUAAGUUAAUUCUGAGGUUGAAAAACCUGAUAAUAUGUGCAUAGUUGAUUCAACUGUAAUAUUUUAAAGCU